AUGUCUUCCCAGCAGGCUUCCAACUCUCACGUCGGUCCCAAGACCACCGGCGGCAAGGCCGGUGCCAUCCCCACCCCCGCCAACGCCCACCUCGGCACUGAGAAGUCCGAGACCAAGCCCAAGGCUUUUGACUCUGAUGGCGCCAUUGGCAAGCAGUUCACUGAGACCGGCGCCAUCGGCCAAAUCGGCGAGGCUGUUGGCGGCCCUCUCUCCUCGGACGGUGUGAUUGGCAAGCAGUUCACGGAUAAGGGCGCCGUCGGCGGCACCAUCCAGAACACUCUUGGUGGUGAGAAGCAGACGGGCAGUGGGUUGUCCGGCGUCCUCCCCAAGUCGAACUAA